UCAUCUGUAGAUCUCUCACACUUUCCUGCUCUCGCUCUCGCGCUAGGGUUUUGUUUCCAUUGUCUUCGCUUAGCUUCCAGGUAUAUCAUAUUUUGCUUCAUUCUCUUGAGAUAAAAGGGUCUGCUUGAUCUUUUUGCUGACUUUGCAAUGGGAGAAUCGGAAAGUGCCCUUCCACCUUCAAAGAAGAGGGCUGCUGGAAGGGAAAUCUCUCGGGAUAACCCAGGUCUUGAUGAUGAGGGUGAUUCUGGUGAACUGGAGACUGGAACUUUCAAGAGGGCUAGUGAUGAGGUGCUGGCAGGUAGAAGAAUGGUCAAAGUCCGUCGUGGUCAGAACCCAUCAGCUCCGUCAUCAAAUCCAUUUGCUGGGAUUCGCCUGGUUGCUCCAAUUGAAUCCAGUGCAAACUCUGCUGAAAGCAAAGAACAUACUGCUGAGUCUAAAGAAACCGUAGCUGAAUCUAAAGAAAUCCCAGUAGAAUCCAAAGAAACUCGAGCUGAAUCUAAAGAACUGCCAGCUGAAUCAAAAGAAACCCAAGUGGAUGUUUCCACUGAAAUACUACCUUCUAGUGAGAAAGCUGUUUCUAAAGAUGCGAGCAAUGAGACUCAGGGGGAUGAAGGUGAGAAAGCAGUUCCAGAAAAUGUUCAAGAACAUGCUGUUGGGGAAGCUGGAAAGGGUGAGGAUGAGAAAAUCAGUCCUUCAGAAACUGAUAAAGAGAGUGUUGAUGUCAAGGAGAACAUUGAUAAGAUUGAGAAGUCCCCGGAACCUGUGGUAGAUGGUGAAAAGCAGGUAAAAUGUGAUGAGAUUGAGAAUGCCGACAAGAAAGAUAAUGACAUUGAAAAUGCAGAACAAAAUGUUGAUGGUGCCCCAUUGAGCUCAUUCCAACAGCUUUCAAGUAGCCAAAAUGCCUUCACAGGACUUGCCGGAACUGGAUUUUCUAGUUCCACAUUCUCCUUCGGGUCUAUUUCAAAGGAUGGUUCAGCAAUGGGUACUACUACUGGAUCUCUCUUUGGAUUGAAAAACGAGCAGCCUUCUUUCAGUUUUGGCCUCUCAAACAAUGGAAACUCCUCCCUGUUUAGUGCAGCGGGAGCUUCUGUUGGGUCAAAGAGUGAGGGAAGUGGCUUUCCAUCCAUGUCGGAGGUUACUGUAGAGACUGGAGAAGAGAAAGAGCGAGUGGCUUUUUCAGCUGAUUCAGUCCUCUUUGAAUAUCUAAAUGGGGGCUGGAAGGAGCGCGGCAAGGGAGAGAUUAAGGUGAAUGUUGCUACAACGGGUUCAAAAAAAGCUAGGCUUCUUAUGAGAGCUAAGGGAAAUUAUAGGUUGAUUUUGAAUGCAAAUAUUUUCCCAGAGAUGAAACUCACAAAUAUGGAAAAGAGAGGCAUCACUUUUGCCUGCGUAAACAGUACUAGUGAAGGGAAAGGCAGUCUUUCUACAUUUGCAUUGAAGUUAAAGGAUGCUUCUAUAGUUGAAGAGUUCCGUGUGACUGUUGAGGCACAUAAAGUUGGAACAACGGCUGCAGAUCUCAAGACACCGGAAAAUUCUCCCAAGGGUUCUGAUGAUUAGAAAAGGCGUCAAAUUGAAGAAUCUCGGACACUCAUGCUUGGACGAUUGAAUUGCCCUUCGAAUUUGUUUCUCUUUUUCUUUACCUGGCGGAAAAUGACAGGUCGAAUUUAGAGUUGAAGUAUUCCUUAUGGUUUAUUGUAGCAGAUAGUUAACAGAGUCCAAUCCUUUUUGUUGUUAGACUUUGGGUGUAAGCAAACAUGAAGCUGGAAAAUAUUCCAAAUGUACUUUUGGGGGGUUAAACCUUGGAAAUGCAUAGCAAUGAGAACCAUGAACAUGACUUUUUUACUGUGAUAUAUAGUCGUUCCCUGUUCUGGGGGUAGAUGCAUAAAA